AUGUUUCAGCUUUCGUUCUUUUCUUCAUUGCUUUUCAUUACUUUAAUAAAUGAUCUCCGUCCAAAAUUGCAUGACACAGCUUCCUACUCCACCUUUUACAUUUUCCAGCAGAAAAAAACGGCCUACACACACUUCCCCUCUACUCCCACUAUUAAUUCUCACCGUCACUCUAGUUAUCGUUCUCCUCCGACUUCUACCCAUUGCUUGCUGUUGUUUCCUAUCUAUUUUUCUUCUCUUCCUACACCUCCUUCUAAGUACGGCGUUCAUUUUCCUUAUAUAAUUGAAACAAAUAUACAAACUGUAACCCCAACCUUUUUUUUUUUUCACUUUCUCUCCCUCUCUCUCUCUCUCUCUCUCUCUCUCUCUGUUCUGUACUUUCUAUCUAAGUCUGUUCUUUAUCUAUCUAUCUAUCUCAGUUCUUUAUCUAUCUAUCUAUCUUUCUAUCUGUCUGUUCUUUAUCUAAGUCUGUACUUUAUCUGUCUAUCUAUCUAUCUAUCUAUCUAUCUAUCUAUCUAUCUAUCUAUCUCAGUCCUUUCAACAUAUCUCCUCCUCGUACAUUCCGACGUUACAAUAUACAGGCUAUAUACGCCUAUACAUCUGUAA